UCAUGCUGCUGCCUAUGUCCACAGUGUGUCAUGGGUCCCUGUACGGCCUCCCAUUGCUGCUGUCUCCAUCGCCACACUCUGCCAUGUGCCACUUUCAGGUCUCCUCACACUGCUGGUGGGUUCCAUUUUGUCAUAGGGUGCUGGCAGAUUACGGGCCUCCCAUUGCUGCUGCCAGGCCCGUAAUCUGCCAUGGGCCCCUGUACCGCCUCCUCAUGCUGCUGCCAGGUCCAGAGUGUCUCAUGGGUCCCUGUACGGCCUCCCAUUGCUGCUGUCUCCAUCGCCACACUCUGCCAUGUGCCACUUUCAGGUCUCCUCACACUGCUGGUGGGUUCCAUUUUGUC